AUGGCCCACAUGUCCAACUCCCUCGUCACACCUGAACAGCUGCAUCAACGCGCCAGGUUUAGCUCACUUCCUACUGAUCUUCAAGACACAAUAUUCUACACGACCCAAUGCCUCACCCAAGCCGCAGGGCUGCUGUUGCAGCUUCCACAGUCCACCACAGCGCAAGCCAAUGUAAUACUCGCUCGAUACUGGCUUGUGGAUUCCGAGAUGCAGCAUGAAUUCAGCGAUGUCUCCGCCGCAUGCAUCUACAUCGUCGCAAAAUGCGGACCCUUCCCCCGGUCCCCACGCGACGUGACAAACGUAUAUGCCUACCUCCUCUCCCCAGUCUCGCCUCUCGCCCGACCAUCCUCACGCACAACCAAUCCCGACGACGUCACCAACGACCCGACGAAAUACUACCAGAGCGAAGCCGACUACUUCGCCGCGCAUAACCGCAUCCUCGCCCUCGAGGGCCGCAUCCUGUACGCCCUGUCCUUCGACACGCGCGUCGCGCUCCCGCACCCCCUGGCCGUGACGUAUCUGCAAGCGCUCGACUUCCUCGCCCAGCCGCGCGAGGUGGUGUCGGAGCGCGCCGUCGCCUACCUCAAUGCCGCGCUGCUCUCCCCGCAGCUGCUGUACCUGACUCACCAGCCCAGCGCCCUGGCCGUCGCCGCCGUCUACAACGCCGCCCGUGACCUCGGCGCCAAGAUGCCAGAGUGCGAGUGGUGGGAGGUGUUUGACGUUGAGCGCGAGGAGCUCGGGUUUUUGGUCGUCGGUCUGAGGAGCCUCGAGGGCUGGGUAAGGCAGCAGAAGGCGGCGUUGGAGUCUGGGGAUAAGGCUUUGGUUCCUGCCCUGCUCGGCGGGGAGGGUGGUUUGCUCACCAGGCGGCUCGUCGAGGCGGAAAUGCAGAGGAGAGGGUUGCAGUUACGGAAGAACGGAGACGUCUCACAAGGUCCAGAAUCAGUUGUCGACAAUGAAGCCGAGAUGAUGAGAAAACUGGAUGAAAGGGUUGCUAGUAUGGACGAAAGCUAG